GGGGGAUCUCGCUGGAUCUUGUCAUCUGGAAGGAAAGAGAGAACAGCGGAGGACGCGAACACUCAAGAGUCAGAAGCUGUCUUCCCGUUGAAGCCAUAGGAUUGGCUGAAGCAGAACUCCUCUGUCUGUGAUUGGUCAUCGAGGGUAGACUGUGAUUGGCUGAGAACUCCAACAUGGACCCACGCCAUCCUGGAGUUACCAACAAUCCUUAGCUCUAUGAUCUGAACUCUGACCUCUAACCCUGGCCUAGGACUGACCUCCUAUCAGGAGGCCCCGCGUCUUCGGUGAUGAUGUCUGUAGACGUGGCCAAUAGGAACGGCCCUGCCGUGACUCCUCCCACCUCCCUCAGCAUUCGCUCCUCCCACAACCAUGAUGUCAGAGGUGAUGAUGUCACCAGGCAGGGGUGGGCCACACUUCCUAAGUGUCGUAAGAAGUAUUCUCUGACCAGUAUCCAGAGUGCCAUGGGGCUGAGUGACGCGACUCCACCUUCAUCAUCGACUCCCAACAACCCCAAACUGGCCAAGAACGGGGUGAACGCACUGCGCAAAGCAGCCGAGCAACAUGACCACAACAAGAACACAACCACUGACCCCGACUCUGACCCUAACUCAACCACAGAGGAACGCUAUACAAACAAUAUAACCAUCAAUGAGGACAUCAUCACCAAGAUUAACCCCGACACCAAGACACAUCUGGACCUGAAAACUAACGUGAACUCAGAUCUGGACCUGAAAACAAAUGUGAACUCAGAUCUGGACCUGAAAACUAACGCGAACUCAGAUCUGGAACUGAAAACUAACGCAAACUCAGAUCUGGACCUGAAAACUAACGCGAACUCAGAUCUGGACCUGAAAACUAACGUGAACUCAGAUCUGGACCUGAAAACUAACGUGAACUCAGAUCUGGACCUGAAAACUAACGCAAACUCAGAUCUGGACCUGAAAACUAACAUGAACUCAGAUCUGGACCUGAAAACUAACGCAAACUCAGAUCUGGACCUGAAAACUAACGUGAACUCAGAUCUGGACCUGAAAACUAACGCGAACUCAGAUCUGGAACUGAAAACUAACGUGAACUCAGAUCUGGAACUGAAAACUAACGCGAACUCAGAUCUGGAACUGAAAACUAACGUGAACUCAGAUCUGGACCUGAAAACUAACGCGAACUCAGAUCUGGACCUGAAAACUAACGUGAACUCAGAUCUCAACAGCAACACGAAUGGGACAGACGACGGGGAUGACAUCAGCAUCCUGUCUGAGAAGGAAGUGGAGAUGAAGAUAGAGGAGGAGGAAGAGCAGAGGCCUCUGUUGAAGAGUGAGAACCAGGUCAAAGCUCCAGACCAGGGGAGCCACUCAGACCUCCACCCCAGCUUUAGGCUCCUCAAAUCGGGUAAAGACUCUCCGUGUCCCCCUCCUCCCUCCACACCCAGACACAGCAGUCCUGAAGACACCCCUCUCCUCUCCUCCACCUCUCCUCUGGGGCACAAGGAUAGUGUUGUAGAGGGGAAGACAGACUGUGGUGUGAUCAGGAUCCAGGACGUGAACCCUUCUGGCUGGUCCUCUGUGUCUCAGGAGAACAUCUCACCUCCUCACACAGAUAUCUGGAGUGAUCAGCGCUGUCAGACAGACGGGGAGCUUCCUCCAGGAUGGAAGAGGAUGACAGACAAGGCCGCUGUCUACUACUGGUGUAUCCCUAGUGGGGCUACACAGUGGGAGAGGCCAGCGCCCAGACACCCUCUCACCACACAGGAAGGCUCUGGCCUGGGGAACAGCUCCCCAGCUCCAGCCCCAGACGACCAGGGUGAAGGUUGUGUGUCUCCUCGGUCCGACAGCACCACCACUGACAGCUCUCUGGAGACUCUCCCACUCAACGCCCACUCCAACCUGCCCUCCUGCGGAUUCAUCAGCUCUCUGGAGACUCUCCCACUCAACGCCCACUCCAACCUGCCCUCCUGCGGAUUCAUCAGCUCUCUGGAGACUCUCCCACUCUACGCCCACUCCAACCGGCCCUCCUGCGGAUUCAUCAGCUCUCUGGAGACUCUCCCACUCAACGCCCACUCCAACCUGGCCUCCUGCGGAUUCAUCAGCUCUCUGGAGACUCUCCCACUCAACGCCCACUCCAACCGGCCCUCCUGCGGAUUCAUCAGCUCUCUGGAGACUCUCCCACUCAACGCCCACUCCAACCGGCCCUCCUGCGGAUUCAUCAGCUCUCUGGAGACUCUCCCACUCAACGCCCACUCCAACCGGCCCUCCUGCGGAUUCAUCAGCUCUCUGGAGACUCUCCCACUCAACGCCCACUCCAACCUGUCCUCCUGCGGAUUCAUCAGCUCUCUGGAGACUCUCCCACUCAACGCCCACUCCAACCGGCCCUCCUGCGGAUUCAUCAGCUCUCUGGAGACUCUCCCACUCAACGCCCACUCCAACCGGCCCUCCUGCGGAUUCAUCAGCUCUCUGGAGACUCUCCCACUCAACGCCCACUCCAACCGGCCCUCCUGCGGAUUCAUCAGCUCUCUGGAGACUCUCCCACUCAACGCCCACUCCAACCGGCCCUCCUGCGGAUUCAUCAGCUCUCUGGAGACUCUCCCACUCAACGCCCACUCCAACCUGGCCUCCUGCGGAUUCAUCAGCUCUCUGGAGACUCUCCCACUCAACGCCCACUCCAACCGGCCCUCCUGCGGAUUCAUCAGCUCUCUGGAGACUCUCCCACUCAACGCCCACUCCAACCUGGCCUCCUGCGGAUUCAUCAGCUCUCUGGAGACUCUCCCACUCAACGCCCACUCCAACCUGUCCUCCUGCGGAUUCAUCAGCUCUCUGGAGACUCUCCCACUCUACGCCCACUCCAACCUGUCCUCCUGCGGAUUCAUCAACAGCUACUACUUUCCUCGCUCCUCCUCUCUACAUGAACCUGUUCAUUCUGAACCUCACAUGGAAGAAGAAGAUGACAAGAAGCAGCUGUGGGGUGAUGUUGUAGCUGUGAGUGGGGGAAAGAUUGAUAGGGAGGUUUGGAAGGAUGAUGUCAUAUCUGUGCACCAGGACCUGCAAGCGGCCACGGUGAACCCUCACCCCAGCCUAAAGGAUUUUGAGGGCGCUACGCUCCGAUAUGCAUCACUCAAUCUACGUCAGGAGGAAACGGUGACGCUCGCAGACAGACACAGGGAUUCUUAUUCUUCUGUAACCAGGAACCCUCCCCCAGUGGAAGAGGAGGAGUCUAACAGUGUUAACAGUGACCCCGAGGCCAAGUGUUUUGCGGUGCAGUCUCUGGGUUGGGUAGAGAUGGCAGAAGAGGACCUGUCGCCAGGGAAGAGUAGCGUUGCCGUUAACAACUGUAUCAGACAGCUAUCCUACUGCAAGAACGACAUCAGAGACACUGUCGGCAUCUGGGGAGAGGGUAAGGACAUGUAUCUGGUUCUGGAGAACAACAUGUUGAACCUGGUUGAUCCGAUGGACCGCAGCGUGCUUCAUUCUCAGCCAAUAGCAAGCAUUCGUGUCUGGGGCGUCGGCCGCGACAAUGGCAGGGACUUUGCGUACGUAGCGAGGGACAAGGACACCAGGAUCCUGAAAUGUCAUGUGUUCCGUUGUGACACGCCAGCUAAAGCCAUCGCUACCAGCCUCCACCUCAUCUGCUCCAGGAUCAUGUCGGAGCGUAAACUUGCUAAAGCGUUGUCAAGGGCUUGGUCAGGGGGCGUGUCUCUACACGACAGAAUGCAGUCAGGACUAGGCCUCCCACUACAAGAGUUCCCCACUCCAAAGACUGAGCUGGUCCAGAGGUUCACGGUGCUGUAUCUGGGUAUGAUGCCUGUAGCCAGUCCUAUAGGUAUGGACACAGUGAACGGGGCGAUAGACAGUCUGAUUGGUUCUUCCAGGAGAGAGGAGUGGACAGCUGUUAACCUCAACGUGGCCGAUGCUACCCUCAUUAUAAGCAACCAACAGGAGGUGGAGGAGGAGGUGGAGGAGGAGGAGGUGUUGUUUGAGUGCAGGGUGAGGUUCCUGUCCUUCAUGGGGGUAGGGCGGGACAUCCACUGCUUUGCCUUCAUCAUGGACGGAGGAGGACAACGUUAUGAGUGUCAUGUGUUCUGGUGUGAACCCAACGCUGGACAGCUCUCUGAGGCAGUACAGGCUGCUUGCAUGUUAAGGUAUCAGAAGUGCCUGUUGGCUCACCCCCCCUCCCGGAGACCCCUCCCCUCCUAUGGCUGUGGCUCCUCCCCCCCGGGCAGCGGCGGUGGUAACCAUGGUAAUGGCGGUGUGGAAGGAGAGACUGUGUCUCAGCGUGUCUCCACCAGCGUGAAGAGAGGAGUGCUGUCCCUCAUCGACACCCUCAAACAGAAGAGACCGCUGCCCACAGCCACUGACGCACCAGAGUAACCAUGGAAACUAAACUAACAUUGUGACUACGACCGCACACCCCAGUAACUAUGGAAACAAACAACGCUACUACAACCGCACACCCUGGUUUUCCAGAAAUCCUGAUUGGACGAUUCCAGAUGACCUGCUCAUUCCCUCUUGGAAUCUUCCAACCAGAUUACUGGAAAAGCUGGGAAUUUUGGGGGAAAGUUACCGGAAUUUUGCAACGCUAAUCAUUAUCAAAGUAUCAAUGUGUUUGUAGAAAACUGCAGAAGCGUUCAUGUGACUUUAUAUGGUUAGCAGACAGGUGUGAUGGGAAAGGAGACCAAUCAACUAAUCCAUUUAUCAAUCAGUCAUUUGAUUGAUUAAAACUAGAGGUUCAUCUAUGCAUUCUUUUGAUCUUGUGAUACAAGCAAAACGGACUACGACAUCACGGAGCCUUGCAUGCCCUAUGGACAGAAAGGUUUUAAACGGACUACGACAUCACGGAGCCUUGCAUGCCCAUGGACAGAAAGGUUUUAAACGGACUACGACAUCACGGAGCCUUGCAUGCCCAUGGACAGAAAGGUUUUAAACGGACUACGACAUCACGGAGCCUUGCAUGCCCAUGGACAGAAAGGUUUUAAACGGACUACGACAUCACGUAGCCUUGCAUGCCCAUGGACAGAAAGGUUUUAAACGGACUACGACAUCACGGAGCCUUGCAUGCCCUAUGGACAGAAAGGUUUUAAACGGACUACGACAUCACGGAGCCUUGCAUGCCCUAUGGACAGAAAGGUUUUAAACGGACUACGACAUCACGGAGCCUUGCAUGCCCAUGGACAGAAAGGUUUUAAACGGACUACGACAUCACGGAGCCUUGCAUGCCCAUGGACAGAAAGGUUUUAAACGGACUACGACAUCACGGAGCCUUGCAUGCCCAUGGACAGAAAGGUUUUAAACGGACUACGACAUCACAGAGCCUUGCAUGCCCAUGGACAGAAAGGUUGUAUUUUAUUUAUGAUAUUUUAUAACAGUAUAUUAUAUAUUAUAUAUUGUUUUAAUAUUGUCACACAGUCACUGCUCACUCACAGUUAUAACACCAUGUCUGCUUCCCAAAUGGCACCCUGGUCCCUUCAUAGUGCACUACUUUAGAGUGGGCCCCUAUAGACCCUGGUCCCUUCAUAGUGCACUACUUUAGAGUGGGCCCCUAUAGACCCUGGUCCCUUCAUAGUGCACUACUUUAGAGUGGGCCCCUAUAGACCCUGGUCCCUUCAUAGUGCACUACUUUAGAGUGGGCCCCUAUAGACCCUGGUCCCUUCAUAGUGCACUACUUUAGAGUGGGCCCCUAUAGACCCUGGUCCCUUCAUAGUGCACUACUUUAGAGUGGGCCCCUAUAGACCCUGGUCCCUUCAUAGUGCACUACUUUAGAGUGGGCCCCUAUAGACCCUGGUCCCUUCAUAGUGCACUACUUUAGAGUGGGCCCCUAUAGACCCUGGUCCCUUCAUAGUGCACUACUUUAGAGUGGGCCCCUAUAGACCCUGGUCCCUUCAUAGUGCACUACUUUAGAGUGGGCCCCGUAUGGACCCUGGUCAAGAGUAGUGCACCAUUUAGAACACAGGCCAUGUCCGAGACAGGCAGAAAGGCUUUAUAACAGGUAUAACAUGUUAUAGAACAAGACACAGGCUUGAGAACAGGUAUAACAUGUUAUAGAACAAGACACAGGCUUGAGAACAGGUAUAACAUGUUAUAGAACAAGACACAGGCUUGAGAACAGGUAGAACAUGUUAUAGAACAAGACACAGGCUUGAGAACAGGUAGAACAUGUUAUAGAACAAGACACAGGCUUGAAAACAGUCAUAACAUGUUAUAGAACAAGACACAGGCUU